AUGACGGUUAAAACACCUGGCACGCCUGGAUCAAAAAUAGACAAGACACCAAUGGUCACUCCAGGUGGGAACAGACCGAGGGAAGAGAAAAUCAUGGUGACUGUACGAUUAAGACCAUUGAACAAAAGGGAACAAUCUGCCAAAGACCAUGUUGCGUGGGAAUGCAUUGAUGAUCACACAAUUGUAUAUAAACCUUCCCUACGCGAACGUGUAGCUCAACCGGGCUCAUUCACAUUUGAUAAAGUCUUUGGUCCUGACUGUAUAACCGAAACAGUAUACGAGGAUGGAGUAAAGAAUGUAGCUUUAUCUGCUCUCAUGGGAAUCAAUGCAACCAUAUUUGCAUACGGCCAAACUAGCAGUGGAAAAACUUACACUAUGAGAGGAAUUACAGAGAAAGCUGUUAAUGAUAUAUACACACACAUAAUGAAUACUCCUGAACGAGAUUUCAGAAUAAAAAUAUCUGGCCUGGAAAUAUACAAUGAGAAUGUUCGGGACUUACUGAAUUCAGAGUGUGGCCGCAAUCUCAAGCUGUUAGAUGAUCCAGAGAAAGGAACCGUGGUCGAAAAAUUGGUGGAAGAGGCAGCAAAUGAUGAUCAACACUUACGAAGCUUAAUAAAUAUUUGUGAUAGUCAAAGACAAGUAGGUGAGACUGCUCUUAAUGACACUAGCUCUCGAUCACACCAAAUAAUAAGACUGACAAUAGAAAGUACACUUCGCGAUAACUCGGACACUGUGAGAUCUUACGUUGCAAGCUUGAACUUCGUAGAUUUAGCUGGGAGUGAAAGGGCUUCACAGACAAAUGCAGAUGGUGCAAGGCUUAGGGAAGGCUGCCACAUCAAUCUUAGUUUGAUGACUCUUACAACAGUAAUUAGGAAGCUCAGUGUGGGAAAACGAAGUGGUCAUAUACCCUACCGAGACUCGAAGCUCACACGCAUAUUGCAACAUUCACUGGGAGGAAAUGCACGGACUGCCAUCAUAUGCACAUUGAGUCCCGCAUCAAGUCAUGUUGAACAAUCUCGUAACACCCUAUACUUCGCUAGCCGAGCAAAGGAAGUGACCAAUAAUGCUCAAGUGAAUAUGGUAAUUUCAGACAAACAGCUUGUCAAGCAUUUGCAGAAAGAAGUAGCAAGGCUUGAAGCAGAACUACGCACACCAGAUCCAUCUAAUGAGAAAGAUUCCAAAAUUCGGCAGAUGGAGGUGGAAAUUGAGGAACUGAGGCGUCAAAGGGAUCUCGCACAAUCUCAGGCAGAUGAAUUAAGACAAAAACUUCAGGAGGAUCAGGGGUUAAAAUCAGAGUCACUUCGUCCGGUUGCAAAGAAGCUCUCUUUUUCUACGACUUUAUUACCAAAACUUGAAGGCAGAGAGCUAGGUUUCUGUGACAGAACAAGAAAUACAGUGGGAAGGCAGACAUUGAGGCAAUCAUCAACCGCACCUUUCACACUAAUGCAUGAAAUUCGGAAACUUGAACAUCUUCAGGAACAGCUAGGUGAAGAAGCCCAUCGAGCACUCGAGGUACUUCAGAAGGAGGUAGCCCAUCAUAGACAAGGUAACCAAGAUGCAGAAGUGACUUUUGCUAAGCUGCAAGCAGAGAUAGGGGAAAUGAGGGCUGUUCGGCCCGUCCCAAAAGAAGUUGAAGCUGAAAAUGUUGUCUCUGUUAACAAGAGUGUUAGUGCAAACCUGAAGGAUGAGAUAACCAGGCUUCACUCUCAGGGAAGUACCAUUGCUGAUCUUGAAGAGAAGCUAGAAAAUGUUCAGAGGUCAAUAGAUAAAUUAGUAAUGUCUCUUCCAGUAAACAACGAUCAACAAUCUAAUGCCGAUGCAACGCCUAAGACCAAGAAUCCAUCAAAAAAGAAGAAGUUGCUUCCAUUAGCUUCAAGUAAUAGCCUCAACAAGCAAAAUUUCUUGAAAUCUCCAUGUUCACCUAUAUCAGUUUCUCGGCAAGUAAUGGAUUCUGAGAUUGAAAAUAGAGCUCCAGAAUUUGACAAUGCUGUAUCUAGUGAAACUCUCCCAGUCUCUGAGAAAGAGACUCCUACAAAGAGUGAAGGUGGAGAUGUCUCAUCAAAGGAAAAUACUCCAUAUCGGCGUUCAAGUUCAGUCAACAUGAGGAAAAUGCAGAAGAUGUUUCAAAAUGCAGCAGAAGAGAAUGUUAGAAGCAUAAAAACAUACGUCACUGAACUUAAAGAACGUGUUGCCAAAUUGCAAUACCAGAAACAGCUUCUGGUUUGUCAGGUGCUUGAGCUUGAAGCAAAUGAAGCUGCCGGAUACAAUUUGGAGAAUGAUGAGAACAUGGUUGAGAUACAAGAGUCCCCAGCUUCAUGGCAUGUAACUUUCAGGGAGCAAAGGCAGCAAAUCAUUGAGUUAUGGGAUGUUUGCCAUGUCUCCAUCAUUCACAGAACGCAGUUUUAUCUGCUAUUCAAGGGGGACCCUUCUGACCAGAUAUACAUGGAAGUCGAGCUUAGGCGCUUAGCAUGGCUGCAGCAGCACCUAGAGGAGGUCGGAAAUGAAAGUCCAGCUCGUAUGGGAAAUGAGCCCACAAUCUCAUUAUCUUCAAGUCUUAGAGCAUUAAAGAGGGAAAGAGAGUUUCUUGCAAAGAGGUUGACUACGCGUUUGUCAGUGGAGGAAAGAGAUGAACUAUAUUUAAAAUGGGAAGUUCCAUUGGAAGGAAAACAAAGGAGAAUGCAGUUCAUAAAUAAACUCUGGACCAAUCCUCAUGAUGAAAAGCAUAUACAAGAGAGUGCUGACAUAGUCGCAAAGCUUGUGGGAUUAAGUCAAGGUGGAAAUAUGUCGAAAGAAAUGUUCGAACUUAACUUUGUGCUUCCAUCUGAUAAGAGGCCAUGGUUUGUGGGAUGGAACCAGAUAUCGGAUAUGCUUCACUUGUGA